AUGGCUGGUGGCAAAGCAGGAAAAGACAGUGGAAAAGCCAAGGCCAAGGCAGUAUCACGCUCUCAAAGAGCUGGUCUUCAGUUUCCAGUGGGCCGUAUCCACAGGCACUUAAAGACUCGUACAACAAGCCAUGGUAGAGUUGGAGCCACGGCCGCUGUGUAUAGUGCAGCUAUCCUCGAGUACCUCACAGCUGAAGUGCUUGAGUUAGCUGGCAAUGCCUCAAAAGACUUGAAGGUGAAACGUAUUACUCCCCGUCACUUGCAGCUGGCAAUCCGUGGGGAUGAGGAGUUGGACUCUCUCAUCAAAGCCACAAUUGCUGGAGGAGGUGUUAUUCCCCACAUCCACAAAUCCCUUAUUGGGAAGAAGGGCCAGCAGAAGACUGUGUAG